UGAUUAUCUAGCAAUCCAUCAUAUCAUCUCAAAGAUGCAUAAAAAUUGAGUCAUUUGAGGUGAGCUUAUCAUAAGAUCAAUUUAGGUGUAUGAAUUAGUGCUCAUUUCUAUAUAGUAGUUCAGGAUUUUGAAAAGACAUCGAACCCCUUCAGAAACUUGAACCCGUCCACAUCAGUUGCAGGUAAUUUCGAUCCAAUAUGGAGCCAAAACGCUUCCUACUUGCGUUUUUGGCAUGUCUGCUCUACGUCCACGAUGGACUGGCUGAGAAGAUCACUUGCAACCACGAGAUCUACUGCAAAGGAGACCUCUUGAAGACCGUUCAGAUGGCUAGGAUAUUCCCUGACUCCAAAACCUUCGUGGACAUGGAAAUGACAAAGGACACAUCCCAGAUCUUAGCGAACUUCAACUCCUUAAUGAGUUCCACCAACAACGAGCCUACGAGAGACCAAGUCAAACAGUUUGUUGAUGACAACUUUCAACCCGGUAACGAACUGAUGGACUGGGAGGCUCCAGACUUCAACCCCAACCCACCUUUUUUGAAAGAAAUCAUGGUACCUGAGUACAGAGCAUUCGCGAAGGAUUUGGUGCAAAUUUGGACCAACUUCAGCAGGAUACUCAAGCCAGAUGUGUCAAGGGAACCUGAGAGGUAUUCCAUCAUUCCUAUAUCAAAUGGCUUCAUUAUACCUGGAGGUAGAUUCAAAGAGAUUUACUACUGGGACUCCUACUGGAUUAUAAAGGGUCUUUUAGCAAGCGACAUGCACGAAACUGCUAGAGGAAUGAUCGAUAAUUUGUUGUCGAUGGUGGCACAAUAUGGAUUUGUACCAAACGGUGGAAGAAUCUAUUACCUCAACAGAUCUCAACCACCACUUCUCAGUCUAAUGGCACACGAGUAUCUCAAAGCAACCAAUGAUAUAACUUGGUUGAAACAAAUAGCCCAUUUACUUCAAGAUGAACUAAAAUACUGGCUCAAAACUCAAACCGUUACUUUCACUUACAAAGACACCAAGCACACUCUUGCCCGUUACUCAGUAGAUGACCCUUCACCAAGACCAGAAUCUUACCGUGAAGACGUACAAACCUGCUCUGUGAGGGAGAACAAAGAAGAUGUUGAGAAUUGUUACAAUGACCUGAAGAGUGGGGCUGAAACUGGUUGGGACUACAGCUCACGUUGGUUUAUAGACGAAGAUGGCUCCUACGGAUUGAAUCUGAGCAGCAUCCACACCAGAAAUAUCAUUCCAGUUGAUCUCAACGCCUUCUUAGCGCAAGCUUUUAAACUUGCAGCCACUUUUUCAUACAUUGCAGCAGAUUCCGAUGCCCAACAGUAUUGGAUGGAUCUCCAUCUUUCCUGGAAAAAGAGCAUCCAAGAAGUGCUAUACAACGAAACGGAUGGGAUUUGGUAUGAUCUGGACAUCCAGAGGCUACAACACAGGACCGGCUUCUAUCCAAGCAAUCUUGCACCUCUAUGGGCUGAACUAUACGAAGAACCUGAACUGGGGGAUCUCGCAGUGAAGUAUCUUGAAAAAGAGGGCAUUUUGGAGUUUCCAGCAGGAGUACCGACCUCUCUUCUGGAGACUGGGGAACAGUGGGAUUUACCAAACGCAUGGCCUCCGCUACAAUCGAUAGUAAUUCUGGGUUUGAAGAGAUCGAGAAGUCCGAAAGCUUUAGAAGCUGCUCAAAAUUUGGCUAGGAAGUGGGUAAAUAACAAUCUGCUCAUUUAUAAUCGUACGGGAUUUAUGUAUGAGAAGUAUAAUGCAGAAACUGUUGGAGUCAUUGGGGGAGGAGGGGAAUAUAGUAUCCAAACAGGUUUUGGAUGGACCAAUGGGGAAAUAUUCGAGAUUAUCGAGGAAUUCUUCAGUAGAUAAUUCUGAAUGUGGUGAAUAUAUCCAGAACUAUGUAUCUAUUGUUAAGUAAGGUACAAUGUUAUUAACGUAGGAAUAAAUACAUAUGGAAGUCUGUA